AUGACGGGAAUUACACCUUCACCAGACGUUAGUCCUGUGUCAGCAGCAACUACCAAUGGACAUUUCCCGCGAGAUUCGUUUUCCCUCGGCCUUUCAACAUUGUCGGACACAAGUUCUUUCGCUCUUAAAUCCGCCCUGAGGUCUCCACAUCUCCUCGAAUCUCCAAAUGGGUACUUUUCUGGCAGCAACGGUUUGAGUAAUCCGUUCAAGAAGCGACGCAAUAUGUCUCAGUCAUCCGGCACGGAUCGUGAGAUGUCAAACGACACGCCACCUUCUCAGGCAAAUGACAUGACGCCUACGAGCAAGAGCGCCAAUGGGCUCAACAGUGACUCAAGACCCCUCACGAAGAAACGUCACAGUACCGACGUUCUAGACUAUCCACGACGGCGCGCAACUAUUGCGUGCGAGAUAUGUCGAUCUAGAAAAUCUCGCUGUGACGGGGCAAGGCCAAAAUGCAGGCUGUGCACGGAGCUGAAUGCAGAAUGCGUAUACAGAGAGCCAGGAAUCAAGCUGGAUGCUGGCGAUAAGCUGAUCUUGGAGCAUCUGAACCGCAUCGAAGGCCUUCUCCAGUCCAGUCUGACCCAUGGCUUCUCAUUGUCAACACACUCGCCCACUACGAGUAAUUCGACAAGUGAGGACUUCUUGGCUCGCAGCAUCGGCAACAUGCCCCUUCUGGGAGUGGUCCAGCCAAUCAACGGAAUUGGUACAUGGACCAGCGGCCCUUCGAACAUCUCUACCAUGCCUAAGACACACAACACAGCGGCUCUAAACCUUUUGUCGUCGCCCAUGAUUCGAGAAUUGGUGUCUCGUCCUUACGAUCCAAAGAUUCUUCUCCAACUCGAGAUGACUCGUGAAUCGAUAAGCCUCACCACUACAAGGGGCUUAGACUUGUCGAACACUGGGACCUAUGUCCAAGCCUACUUUGACCGAGUGAACGUAUUCUAUGCAUGCGUCAACCCGUACACAUGGAGUACCUACUACCAGACUGCGCUUGCCCAUGGUUUUCGAGAUGGUCCGGAAAGCUGCAUCGUUCUCUUAGUGCUCGCUUUAGGUCAUGCUGGAAGCACCGGAAGCAUCACGCAACAUAACUGUGAAAAAGAUCCUCCAGGACUAGCCUACUUCGCUGCAGCAUGGUCACUCCUUCCAAGUGUGAUGACGAGGAACAACAUGGUAGCUGCACAGUGUCAGAUCUUAGCUGCAGCAUACUUUGUCUAUCUUGUUCGUCCUGUCGAAGCGUGGAAUGUCUUGUCAGGCGCCAGUAUGAAGCUUCAAUUGCUUUUGAGCGCGCCAGGAAGAGUAUCGCCAGCAGAAGAGGAGUUAGGAAAGAGAGUUUACUGGAAUGCGGUAAUGAUCGAGAGUGACCUUCUUGCGGAACUUGACCUUCCCCACUCAGGUAUCGCGCAAUUCGAGGAAGGUUUCUCAUUGCCAACUGGAUUCGAGGACCUAGGGACGGAAGCGGUUGGUCGAGAUGAACUGUGGUACUUUCUCGCAGAGAUCGCUCUUCGAAGACUCCUCAAUCGCGUCAGCUCUAUGCUCUACAUCCGGACGACGCCAUACUCCAAAGGGCCUGCUGCUACAUCCAUCGCUCAGCUCGACCCACUAGUAGUCGAAUUGGACUAUCAACUGAACCAAUGGUAUGCAGGACUUCCGCCAGCGAUGCAAUUUCCGCUCGACAGAGUGCCUUUACAGAACCCUGUCCAAACCGUUCUGAGACUGCGGUACUUUGCAUGCCGCACAAUCAUCUUCCGACCAUAUGUGCUCCUGGUUCUGCAAGACGAAAGUUUAGCAAUGGACCCUGGUGUGCAGGACAACUGCCACAAAUGCUUGGAAGCAUGCGUGCGCCAGCUGGAAUACAUUAGCGCGCACCACGCAGGACAUUUGCCAUACUUGUUCCAGGGUGCUCUCUCUAUAAUCUCACAAACCUUGCUCAUAAUGGGCGCAACCAUGACCGCCUCGCUAUCACAGCUACUCCCUCCGCCCGCUACUAUGGACGACAUUAUCAAUAACGUCGUCCUCGAAAUGGAACGCUAUGCCCAUCUCGCGCCGAGCUUGCUCCUUUCGGCCGAGAUCAUUCGAGAAGCUGAGGGGAAACGACAGAUGUGGCUGCGUACUGCUGGGUUGAAAUUUGAGCCUUGA